UGCUCCCGGAGGGGGUGGGGCUUUGCUCCCCCUAAACGCCAGGUGGAAAAAUGUCCGGCCCCGGGACGGCUGGUGGAGCUGGAGGACAGAGGGGUGGGGCUGCGGCGGAGUGGGGAGCCUUCGAGGACAACAUGCAGGGGGGGGGCUCUGCUGUCAUUGAUAUGGAAAACAUGGAUGACACAUCUGGUUCCAGUUUUGAAGACAUGGGUGAAAUGCACCAACGCAUGAAGGAGGAGGAAGAGGUGGAUGCAGAGGCAGCCGCUGCAGAUGAGGAAGAUGGAGAAUUCUUGGGGAUGAAGGGUUUUAAGGGACAGUUGGGUCGACAAGUUGCCGAUCAGAUGUGGCAGGCUGGAAAGAGACAAGCAUCGAAAGCCUUCAAUCUGUAUGCUAACAUCGAUAUUCUCAGGCCUUACUUUGAUGUUGAGCCAAUGCAAGUUAGGAACAGGUUGCUGGAGUCCAUGAUUCCUAUGAAGAUGAUUAAUUUUCCCCAGAAGAUAGCUGGUGAACUUUAUGGUCCCCUCAUGCUGGUCUUUACCCUGGUGGCUAUCUUGCUGCAUGGAAUGAAAACAUCAGAUACCAUCAUUAGGGAAGGCACUCUGAUGGGUACAGCAAUUGGCACCUGCUUUGGUUACUGGCUCGGAGUUUCCUCUUUCAUCUAUUUCCUGGCAUACCUAUGCAAUUCUCAGAUCACCAUGGUGCAAAUGUUGUCACUGUUGGGCUAUGGCCUUUUUGGGCAUUGCAUCACCCUGAUUGUCACCUACAAUAUCCAUUUUCACUCCCUCUUUUAUAUCUUCUGGCUGGGCAUUGGUGGGCUGUCUACACUACGAAUGGUUGCUGUGCUCGUGUCGCGCACAGUGGGGCAUACACAGCGACUUAUCCUGUGUGGAAUGCUUGCUGCCCUGCACAUGCUGUUCCUUCUUUAUUUGCACUUCGCUUAUCAUAAGGUUGUGGAAGGCCUCCUGGACACAUGGGAAGGACCCAACAUUCCUCCCUUUCAGAGAGUUGCCAGAGACAUUCCAGCUGUUUCCUCCGCUGUACUGAAUACAACAGCCAAAACCGUUGCAGUGGCCUUGUAGCCCUGUGGACUCUGGCCUGCUAUCUCUGCCUCUGUGUAGGUUGUACAUUCUGCUGCUGUUGCCAGGAAAAAGGGACAAAGUAACAGAAGCAGGACUUGGUUUCAUCUGCAGAUCUCCUUUUGGAAAUGAUGGCUGCGUGCUCCUGAGCGUGUUUCGGAGGAACUGUUUUUUCCAGCUUCCACCCAGUGUGCUUGGUAGAGCUGAUCUCCUAGCCUAUGCACAUUUAGCUGAGAUUGCGAAGCUUGGUCACUUUGAUCCCCAUACCCUUUGUGCUAGCUGUCGUCUCUUUGGUUUAUGUACUUGUGCUCUUCUUUUGUCAAAAGAAUAAUUAAAUUAAAUGGAUGUUAGUUCUGA